UGGUGGCAACCCUUCUCCUCAGGGAAUCUCAUCAACUUUCAGAAGGCAACCAGCAAGGCAAGACACAAGAGCCAGUCCUUCCAGGAGUCUUCAGGGUCAAAAGGCUUGGAUAGAAAAGACAUUUUACAAAAGAGAAUGCAUCUACAUAGUUGCCAACAGCAAAGACAGCACCAGAUGUUACUGUGGUCAGCUUAUUACUCAGCAUAUCCCAGUUCCUCAAAAUGCCAUAGCUAACAAGAAUGGAGAGGACAACAAGCAGUUGGAAGCUGUGCCUGACAAGUGGUCUAUUAGUAAGCACACACAGCUGAACCCCACAGAUGCUUAUGGAAUCUUAGAGUUUCAAGGAGGUGGACACUCCAACAAAGCCAUGUACAUCCGUGUAUCUUAUGAUACAAAGCCUGAUUCUCUGCUUCACCUCAUGGUAAAGGAGUGGCAGUUGGAACUCCCAAAGUUAUUAAUCUCUGUACAUGGAGGACUCCAGAAUUUUGAAAUGCAACCUAAGCUGAAGCAAGUUUUUGGAAAAGGACUAAUUAAAGCUGCUAUGACUACAGGAGCCUGGAUAUUCACAGGGGGUGUCAGUACAGGUGUCAUUCGCCAUGUGGGGGAUGCUUUGAAAGAUCACUCUUCCAAGUCCAGAGGACGAAUAUGUGCCAUAGGUAUUGCCCCUUGGGGCAUUGUAGAAAACAAAGAAGAUCUCAUAGGAAAAGAUGUAAAUAAACCUUAUCAAACAAUGUCGAAUCCCCUAAGUAAGCUCUCUGUCCUGAACAACACUCAUACUCAUUUCAUCCUUGCGGACAAUGGCACACUUGGAAAAUAUGGAGCAGAAGUUAAGUUACGGCGUCAGCUAGAGAAGCACAUAUCUCUUCAGAAAAUUAACACUAGAUUAGGCCAAGGUGUGCCUGUUGUAGCGCUCAUUGUAGAAGGUGGUCCAAAUGUGAUUUCCAUUGUUCUGGAAUGCCUACGAGAAGAACCUCCCAUCCCUGUAGUAGUUUGUGACGGAAGUGGACGUGCCUCUGACAUCCUGUCUUUUGCACACAAGUACUCAGAGGAAGCAGGGAUAAUCAGUGAAUCCCUUCGUGAUCAACUUCUUGUUACCGUUCAGAAAACAUUUAACUACAGUCGGAACCAGGCUCACCAGCUCUUUGUUGUCCUUAUGGAAUGUAUGAAGAAAAAGGAACUGAUCACUGUUUUUCGUAUGGGAUCAGAAGGUCAGCAAGAUAUUGAAAUGGCAAUUUUAACAGCUCUUUUAAAAGGUACAAAUGCCUCUGCACCAGACCAGCUUAGUUUAGCAUUAGCCUGGAAUCGGGUCGAUAUUGCACGCAGCCAAAUUUUUGUUUUUGGACACCAAUGGCCGCCUUUAGGAAGCCUUACAGCAGCUGAUGGGUCCGCCCAGGAAAGAGAAAAGCGAUCACCUGCACCUCAAACUAAAGCACCAAGAGGGAAGGGCAAAGGCAAAAAGAAAGGAAAAGGCAAAGAGGAGCCUGAAGAAGAAACUGACCCCAGGAAGAUUGAGCUUCUGAAUUGGGUGAAUUCCCUAGAACAAGCGAUGAUGGAUGCCCUGGUUCUAGAUCGGGUGGAUUUUGUAAAGCUUUUAAUUGAGAAUGGUGUUAACAUGCAGAGGUUUCUCACCAUUCCAAGAUUAGAAGAACUAUACAAUACAAGACUGGGUCCACCAAAUACUCUCCAUUAUCUUGUAAGAGAUGUAAAAAAGGGUAACCUUCCUCCCGAUUAUCAUGUCAGCUUGAUUGAUAUUGGCCUUGUGCUUGAGUACCUCAUGGGUGGAGCCUAUCGCUGUCACUACACCAGAAAGUCCUUUAGAACUCUUUAUAAUAACUUAUUUGGACCAAAGAGGCCUAAAGCUCUCAAACUUUUAGGAAUGGAGGAUGACGAGCCUCCUUCUAAAGGGAAAAAAAAGAAGAAGAAAAAGGAAGAGGAAUUCGACAUUGACGUGGAUGAUCCGGAGGUUAGCCGCUUCCAGUUUCCUUUUCAUGAGUUAAUGAUCUGGGCUGUGCUCCUGAAAAGGCAAAAGAUGGCUCUUUUUCUGUGGCAACGUGGAGAGGAAACAAUGGCCAAAGCACUGGUAGCAUGCAAACUAUACAAGUCUAUGGCUCAUGAGUCAUCUGAGAGUGACCUUGUUGAUGACAUCUCCCAAGACUUGGACAACAAUUCAAAGGAUUUUGCUCAGCUGGCUGUGGAAUUACUGGACCAAUCAUACAAACAUGAUGAGCAAGUUGCCAUGAAGCUUCUAACAUAUGAGCUAAAGAACUGGAGUAAUUCUACUUGUCUAAAACUAGCAGUGGCUGCCAAACAUCGGGACUUCAUAGCACACACUUGCAGUCAGAUGUUACUGACUGAUAUGUGGAUGGGGCGUUUGCGUAUGAGGAAAAAUCCAGGUCUCAAGGUAAUAAUGGGCAUUCUCCUACCUCCUACAAUACUGUUUUUGGAGUUCCGGACCCAAGAUGACCUCUCAUACCAUACCUCCAAGGAAUAUGAAGAAGGAAAAGAAAAAGAAGAUGACAAUGCUGAUGGGAAUGCCGAUGUCAACUCUAGGAAAGGUGAUGAAGAGAACGGAAACAAGAAACAAAGAAGUAUACCAAUUGGAACUAAAGUUUAUGAAUUUUACAAUGCCCCAAUUGUCAAGUUCUGGUUUUAUACAAUUUCGUACUUAGGAUACUUAUUAUUAUUUAAUUAUAUAAUUUUGGUGAAGAUGGAGCGCUGGCCUUCUCUGCAAGAAUGGAUUGUCAUCUCAUAUAUUUUAACCCUUGGUUUGGAGAAAGUAAGGGAGAUUCUAAUGUCUGAACCAGGGAAGCUGAGCCAAAAGGUGAAAGUUUGGUUACAAGAGUAUUGGAAUAUUACAGACCUUGUGGCCAUUUCAGUAUUUAUAAUUGGAGCAAUUUUACGGCUUCAAAAUCAGCCAUACAUGGGAUAUGGUAGAGUCAUUUACUGUGUAGAUAUUAUCUUUUGGUAUAUUCGUGUCUUGGAUAUUUUUGGAGUUAACAAGUACCUUGGUCCCUAUGUAAUGAUGAUAGGAAAAAUGAUGAUUGACAUGCUAUAUUUUGUGAUCAUCAUGCUGGUGGUGCUUAUGAGUUUCGGAGUAGCACGACAGGCCAUUUUGCACCCAGAUGAGGAACCAUCAUGGAGAUUGGCCCGCAACAUCUUCUACAUGCCUUACUGGAUGAUCUACGGAGAGGUGUUUGCAGACCAGAUAGACCUAUAUGCAAUGGAGAUAAAUCCUCCCUGUGGUGAUAAUCUGUACGAUGAUGAUGGAAAGCGCCUUCCACCCUGUAUUCCUGGUGCUUGGCUCACUCCAGCCAUUAUGGCCUGUUAUUUAUUGGUUGCAAAUAUCCUACUAGUGAACCUUUUAAUAGCAGUGUUCAAUAACACCUUUUUUGAAGUAAAGUCUAUUUCAAACCAAGUGUGGAAAUUCCAGCGUUACCAGCUCAUUAUGACUUUUCACGACCGACCUGUCUUACCUCCUCCAAUGAUAAUCUUUAGCCACUUGUACAUCAUCCUGAAACGUGUUUGCUGUCGCUGUAGAAGAAGGCAAGAUGGGGAGCAGGAUGAGCGUGACAGAGGCCUGAAGUUGUUUCUUACUGAAGAAGAGCUGAAAAAACUGUAUGAGUUUGAGGAGCAGUGUGUGGAAGAGUAUUUUCAGGAGAAGGAGGACGAGCAACAAUCAUCAAACGAUGAGCGUAUUCGGGUCACUUCUGAAAGAGUUGAAAAUAUGUCCAUGCGGCUAGAAGAAGUGAACGAGCGUGAACAUUUCAUGAAGGCCUCUCUGCAGACGGUUGACCUUCGACUUUCUCAACUAGAAGAACUUUCAGGAAGAAUGGUUAAUGCUCUUGAAAAGCUUGCAGGAAUUGACAAAUCAGAAUUCAUCCAUGUACGCUCACGAGCUUCAUCAGAUGUAGAUGCUGCCUAUCUCUUAAGACAAGGAAGUGUAAACAGUUCUGAUGGAAACAGCUUAUAUAAAUACCAUGUUGAACCUGAAGAAGUAACAUGUGAUGAUAGCACAGGUUCAAUGUCACCUGCUCCUGGGCUUCGUAGAAAAGCAUAUUCUUUUGGGAUGAAAGUAGAGAAAGGUGAACAAGAUCAAAACAUGCAACUUGUUCCAAGGCAGGCAAGUCUUCGUUAUGCCUCAAGUGUAAAUGCUGUAGCAACAAAUGAUUUUCACAAAGUCACAUUAGGAAUAGUUCCACCAACAAAACCACUUUCCAACAUAGAAACCUGGACUCCAGAAAAUGCUAACCUUACUGUAAACUCUGAAAAUUCUGGUGCAGAAAUGGCCAAGAAAACUGAUGUCAUCGUGAAUGGCCAGUCUAUAUCAGUGGUCACUGCUUCUGAUUUUGCAAACUCUCAUUUAACAGUAGAAAGGACAAAAUUAGAAGCUACCAUAUCCUAUCCCUUAGAGAAAUCAAAAGCUAUGCGAUAUUACCCUGGUCAGUCAUUCAACACUUGUCAGGCAACAAUGACCAAAUCUAGAAGUUUUUUCUUUACACAAGGAACGCUAGAAGGUGGAGUUAACAACUGGACAACAGAAUACAGCACAAUUAUGGAUCAGAUGUGUACUCCAGCUAUAGAAGAUUGGGAAAACAACUGGAGUUGUAAAGGAGAAGAAUCUCAAAAGCAAUCACCAGAGCUUCCCAAUAUUGUAUCAGAGGCUGAGAUGCAAGCUGAGCUUAAGCCACUGCUAACAGAUACAGAAGAUGAGAGCGAUAUUGGAGAAAUAGGAAACAGUGCCUCUUUUCUUAGCACACCUUUCACUGAAAGGACAGAGACAGAAAACUUACUGUCUGUAGAGUCAGACAAGACUUGUGGCUUUGCUUCUCCUAGAUCAAAAAGUUUACAUUGCCAUUCAAGAAAAUCACGAUCCUUAAUGGAUAAGUUGGAAAGACCAGGGCAUGCAAGCAGCGUCAUGAAUAUUGUAGUGGCCUGUGGUAGCGCAGCAGAUGAUUCGAAAACAAAGAAAGAUAAUGCAUCCACAGAAACAGAGUGUUAAUAUUAAAUUAUAUUUAUUUGAAUCAGUGGAGUAAAGUUGGGAAGGGUUAAUCUUGGGAAAGGAUAAUCACCAUAAGAGUUUCUCAUUUUUUUUUUUACACUUCUUUAAAAUAUCAUCCCAGGUUACAUACUAAAACCAAUUUGGUCAAAUAAUCAUCAUUGUUCUAUUCAAGCAUUCUAAAUAAGGCAAACAUUAUGGGGUUGAUCUACUAAAAGCAAAUAGGAUUUCCUCCUCUGCUGAAUGAAUGUGAAAGGAAAAUACACUUUCAGAGAACAUGCAAUCACAUGCAAGGAAACUAUAAUUUCAGAGCCUUAUCUCAUUUACUUGGCUAAAAAAAAAAAAUCCUUGCAAAAUGAAGUAUACCUUGUAAAGUAAACAAUUUAUUUUCCUUUGGUAAACCAACCACUAUAUGUUUGUUUCCAAGUAUGUGAAUACGCCAGCCUGACUAUCAGUAUCAAGCUUGGCCACCAAUCCAUGUUGUCAGAUCUCUGACUUGCAAGCAAAAUUCCCCAAUCACAAAGAGUAUAAAAGGGGCGUCCUUGUAAUAUGCACUGUCAGAUAUGGCUAUCAUGUACUAUGCCAGCUGUCAUGUAUUCAGCCUUUUAUCAUGACGGCAUACUUUGAAAAUAAUUUUCACACUAUACAUAAGUGUUUAUUAAUAGUUUAUGUUUAAAAUGGCCUAAUCUGAUAUGUAGUUUGGGACAUGUAUGACCAAUUUAACCUUAAAAUUCCAGUAACACUUGAUAACUAUACAACUAAAGUUGACCUCCACGAUUUAGUGUUUUUCUGGUGCUAUGAAAAACACAUUUCUGAGAAAUUAUUCCAAUCAGUUUAAUGGGGAAUGUACUAAAAGUAAAGUACUAAUAACUCACUUUUCCUAUCCAGUUUAUCAAUGAUUAGGUGUGAACGGGGAUAAUGAAAAAGUAUUGUGUUUUUUUGUACAUUUGUCCUUUAUGUGAUUUAUAGAGACAAGACAGAACCAAGGAAAGAAGUGUAAUGCCAGAGUAGGUUAAAAAAAUAAAAAUAAGACAGUGUCGUGCAAUAGUAAAGUACAACCAAUCCACUUUCAGACUCACAGACUAAUUUACAAGAUUAUUUCCGAUGGGUGGCUUUGGGUUACUUCACUUGCUUAUUAUUAUUGCACAUUUCUCAACUAACCCAAUUUCAUCCAAUAUUACUUGAAACAUGGCUACAAUGAAAAAGC